UAGGAGAAAUGAGACACAACAGGUUAAAUUUAAUCACGUUCCCUCAUUGCAAUGCUGGAAAUGCCCCAGUGUUCUUGGACCACGGCCAAUGCAGAAGUAGCGCUUUCAACAUUUUCUUGGAGAGAUAUUAAGGUGCAAAUAGAAACUCACGGCAUCAAAAUCAGACCUUUAUUAAAUGCCUGGACAUCUUGAACAGAUGAUUCCCCUCAAAGACAACAUGACUCCGGAGUCGUUCCAUGAAAACUGUAGCAACUGCAGCCAGGUUCUCGUCCCAGAGCUGAACGUCAUGAAGGCUGUCGUUCUGGGAAUGGUGUUGGCGAUCUUCAUCAUUUUUGGCGUUCUGGGCAACAUCCUGGUCAUCCUCUCGGUGGUUUGCCAUCGUAAUCUACGCACAGUUACCCAUUAUUUCAUUGUGAACUUGGCGGUCGCGGACCUUUUGCUGAGCUCUACGGUUCUUCCAUUUUCUACAGUCUUUGAAAUGUUGGGCCGUUGGAUCUUCGGACGGCCGUUUUGCGAUGUUUGGGCGGCAAUGGACGUCUUGUGCUGUACGGCGUCCAUCAUGAGCUUAUGCAUGAUUUCGGUGGACCGAUAUAUCGGCGUUAGUUAUCCGCUGCAGCACCCGUCCAUUGUGACAGAACGACGAGCGUUGCUUGCACUCAUUGUUUUGUGGGCUCUGUCCAUUACCAUCUCAAUUGGACCUCUUUUUGGAUGGAAGGAACCGGCGCCGGAGGACGAAUCCAUAUGCAAGAUUACUGAAGAGCCUGGCUAUGCCAUUUUUUCCGCAUUGGGAUCCUUCUACCUUCCUCUUGUGGUGAUUCUGUCGAUGUAUUGCCGCGUGUACGUGGUCGCGAAGAGGGAGACCCGAGCACUGAUUAGCGGACUGAAAACGGAAAAGUCUGAUCACGCCACCGAGGCCGUAACUUUGCGGAUACAUCGUGGGAACACAACAGUGUCCGAGGACGAGGCCUUGCGCAACCGGACACACUUUGCACUGCGUCUGCUCAAGUUCUCCCGAGAGAAGAAGGCCGCUAAGACCCUGGGCAUCGUGGUUGGAUGCUUCGUCCUAUGUUGGCUUCCGUUUUUCCUGGUUCUUCCGAUCGGUUCCAUCUUCCCAACGUACAAACCCUCGGACACAGUUUUCAAGAUCACGUUUUGGCUGGGCUAUUUCAACAGCUGCAUCAACCCCAUCAUCUACCCCUGCUCCAGUCAGGAGUUUAAGAAAGCCUUCCUGAGCGUGUUGGGCGCCCGCUGCCUCCGCAAGAGAUCCACGCCGUCCCACGCGCUCUACCAGAGCCACACUCCACGGCACGGCCAGUCUCAGAUCCUCGGCCUGACGAGCCGUGACAACCCGUCCCGCCUGAGCCCGUCCUCCUCCAUCGCUCUGUCCCGGAGCCCGUCCUCCCGGGACGGCCGGGAAUGGCAGGCCCCUUCCCGGACGUCGUCGGCGGGGACGACCGGGGUCAGCGCCGGGGUGAGCGUGGGAGCCAAAGUGGCAGGAAUGUGCGGUAAGAACCUGCUGAGGACAUGCUGCUGCGUGAGAAUGGAUUCACCGCAGCCCGAGCCGCCCGCACACAACUCGCUUCCCGUCAUCAAAAUCCAUCAGCUCUCGCUGUGUGAGGACGGGGACGCGGUGUGAAUGAGUACGCUGGGGAAAUUACUCAACACACGCUGGCUGUGAUGCCACUUUGCCACUUGAAAGUGCCUCAGACUUGAGAACACAAACUGAUGAAGAAAAGCGAGCUUUUGAUUGAAACGAUCAGCGAUGGGAACAUUGAAAGCUGCGGCGGCUCUGUUGAUGCUUGAUAAAGGCACAGAUCAGCUUUACAUGAAAUCUCUGUCUUUAUUUCCUCACUCUCAUGUUGUUCUAAAGCUGUCAAUGAACUGAAAUGCAAAGGAGAUUUUGCAGCUUCAACAGAGGGAAGUGCAUUAACUUUAACCCUGAAAAGCAUAUGAAAUAAUAGUCAGAAAAAUCAAUUUUUUUUAAAUGGAGCAGUUUGAACCUUUAGACAAAGCACAGAUAUAAAACAGUACAUUUGUCUAUAAUUUUUUGUUAUGGAUCAUAUUUGCUACAUUGGGCAUUUAUGGCUCAUAUAGUAUGAUAGGAGAAUAUGGAGCUCAUACUCGAGGAGAAAAAACACCCCAAUUUUAUUCAGAGGCCCAAGCUGAGCAAAAACAUGCAAUUCAAUGCAGCUCAUAUUUACAAUGGCCAAAAAGAUGAAAUUCUGAAGUCUGUCAUGUAAAUCAACGGUAACUUUAUAACAGUAAGUUAUAAAGUUGUCACUUUAUCUCCCAAUGUCUUAGUAAGAUGAUAUUUAAUGCUUAGAUUGAUGAUCAAAGCACUGUAAUUUCAAAACCUAUAAUGCAGUGCAAUACAAUGAUGAUUGAGAGAUCCUCAAAAGCCUGAUUAUCAUAUCUGAUACUCACAUUUCAACAUGAUUUUUCUAAAAAAAAAAAAAGAUGUAUGGAUAAUAAAGUAAACCUAC